UCAGUACAAACGGAACUGGUUUUGAGCGGGAGGCGGGGGCGCUGCUCAAUGCAUUUCAUCGCUCUCCACCUUCAUCUCGGCGUAUCGAGACUUAACCCGGGGUCGCCACCAGCACAGCAAUGCAAACACUGGGAUUCCAGAGCCGAUUCCACGUGCAGCAAACACUGGGACUCCAGAGCCGAUUCCACGUGCAGCAAGCACUGGGACUCCAGAGCCGAUUCCACGUGCAGCAAACACUGGGACUCCAGAGCCGAUUCCACGUGCAGCAAACACCGGGACUCCAGAGCCGGUCCCAUGUGCAGCAAACACUGGGACUCCAGAGCCGAUUCCACGUGCAGCAAACACUGGGGCUCCAGAGCCGAUUCCACGUGCAGCAAACACCGGGACUCCAGAGCCGGUCCCACGUGCAGCAAACACUGGGACUCCAGAGCCGAUUCCACGUGCAGCAAACACCGGGACUCCAGAGCCGGUCCCACGUGCAGCAAACACCGGGACUCCAGAGCCGAUUCCACGUGCAGCAAACACUGGGACUCCAGAGCCGGUCCCACGUGCAGCAAACACUGGGACUCCAGAGCCGGUUCCAUGUGCAGCAGCGUUACAGGUGCACGCAGGAAAUAGCAGCGGACGCGCUCCAGUCUGUUAAACGCGCCAUGCUUUGGACGCUGGAAGCAGAUGGUUCAAAUAGCCGGUGGUUUAUUUUAGGGGGUGUUUAUUAUGGGGUUGCGAGCGGAAUGGACACCUCCUGGUAAAGUGAUCCGAGGGUUGCUCCCGGACCGCGGCAGAGAGCAGGCAGGGAUCGGAUCGGAGCGCAGCGUUUUACCAGCGGUGAACGUGAUGCUGCGGAAGAUCGCCGUGGCCGCUGCCUCCAAGCCUGCGGUGGAGAUCCGGCAGGAUGGGGAGUCGUUCUACAUCAAGACCUCCACCACGGUGCGGACCACCGAGAUCAGCUUCACGGUGGGGCAGGACUUCACCGAGCAGACUGUGGACGGGAGACCCUGCCGGAGCUCCCCUUGCUGGGACACAGACUCCCGAAUCCACUGUGCACAGACCCUGCUGAAGGGGGAGGGGCCCCAAACCUCCUGGACCCGCGAGAUAACCAACGACGGGGAACUCAUACUGACGAUGAGAGCUGACGAUGUGAUCUGCACCAGAGUGUACACGAGAGAGUGAGGAGAGAGGAAGCAAAGAAACAAACCAACAGCGAUGAGGAAACGCUUUCAUUAGGAUCUGAAUCUAACUGGAGCAGCAAGAUCUACCAGCUACCCCCCCUUCUAUCGCAGAAACACCCAUCCCUCCCACAUCAUCCAUACACACACACACCCAUCCCUCCCAUCCACCCAUCCCUACACACACACCUAUCCCUCCCACAUCAUCCAUAUACACACACACAUCCCUCCCAUCCACCCAUCCAUCUCGCCCAUCCCUACACACACACACACACCCAUCCCUCCCAUCCACCCAUCCAUCUCACCCAUCCCUACACACACACCUAUCCAUCCAUACACACACACACACACACCCAUCCCUCC